AAUUCGUUUUCAAUGAGUUAUUAUUGAAAAAUAUCAUUAAUGGUUAUACUCUUCAAUUUGCUCAAUUAUAUUUUAAAAACCUGUAUAUAAAAUUUAAUCCAGAAAUAUGAAUCGCAUAUAUAAAUGAGUGGCAAUACAAAUAGCAUAUCAAUGAAGGAAUUAUGUUGUCUAUUUUGUUGUCCACCUUUGCCGUCACGUAUUGCUGCAAAGCUAGCAUUUUUACCACCAGAGCCAACAUAUACAUUGACAUCAAAUUUAGACAAAAAAUUAUGCAAUGAUAAUAAUGAAAUAAAGCAAUAUGACAAAGAUUCAGAAAAUAUAGGCAUUCAGGAUCAAACCCAAGUUACUAUUUUACUUGAUGCUACACUAAUGGAUCAAAAUAUAACACAAAAUAAGAUUAAUACGGAUGCCGCUAUUACGUCCGCUUCCCCCCUAGUAGCUCACUUCAACCUUCCGAAUCCUCAAACUAAUCGGGUUCAAAAAUUAACGGAACUCAUAGCUAACAGAUGGGGAAAUUUGUCUCGGCCUCUCUUGAACCUGACUACCAACUCCCUGGGCAAAAGAUCUAAAGAAAAUGUCCUGCCCAAUAACACCACCAUCAAUUCCGCGAUGAUGAAAGAGUUGGAGAUGGAGAAAGAAUUCCCCAGUUACGGCAUCCACUUGAAAAACAGGGCAGAAUGGCAAUACUCGGCCCAAGAGUUGGACAGACUCGACGCUUUUACCACGGUCACCAGCCGGGGCUCGGUGAUACCGUGUUUGAUGGUUUGGUGUGGCAAAUCCCUGGGCAAGAAGGUCAAAGAAAACUCAACCAUUGUCGCGCCUCCCGAAAAUAAUGCCCUGGAAAAUGAGGGUUAUAAAGCACCAAAUUACCCCGAAAUCGAAGAGAAAUGGCGGGAUAUGUUGGACCUGAAGAUGAAUUUGAUCAACUCGGCCGAUCUGCCCAUUCAUUCCGACCUUUUUAACUCCACGAUGAUGGCAUCUCCUUACAACGCCGAUCGUAAAGUGGGCAAAACAAAAUCCCGCCCGCCACCCGACGCUUCCAAUGACCGACCCAACGAAUGGGACGGAAUCAGGAAAGAACGGCAUAUAACCCUACCACGAAAUCAAAAACGCCAUUACCAUCCCUGCAAGUACACCAUCCUUUUCAGCCAUGGGAAUGCGGUGGAUUUGGGUCAAAUGUCCGGCUUUUUCCUAGCGCUGGGCUCGAAAUUGGGUGCUGACGUUUUUGGAUACGAUUACACCGGAUACGGUUGUUCGACCACUAAUCGCGCGAGAUCUAUUUCCGGUAUUAAAAACGGACUCUUGGGGUUGAAUGAUAGCGGACCCAACCGAAAACGUAGGUAUAGCGGAUUCUGUGGUGGUAAAGUUGUCAGACCUUCCGAAGCAGAUCUAUAUUCCGAUGCCGAAGCAGCUUGGCGUGCGUUGCUGAUUCGCUAUGACUUGACCCCUCAGCAGGUAGUUCUGUACGGCCAAAGCAUAGGUACCGUCCCUACCAUCCAUCUAGCCGGUUUGCCUCCUUCUCCUACAUCCAGCCCUUCAGAUCUCCUCACAUCAUCUAGGUUCGCGGCCGGAGUUGUCCUUCAUUCACCCUUGGUUUCUGGGCUCAGAGUAGCUUUCCCUUUCCUCACUCAAAUCAACCAAAAUUCGCAGCACGCUAAUCAUGUUGGUAACGAAGAUAAUCUUGGCGGUCAAAAUCACCUCAUAGAUGGUGCACCACAUGCUCAAGACAACCCUCAGGAUCCUUCCGCUACCAUCGCCGAUAUCCUCCGCCCGCUUCCCAAAUGGGCCUCGCGGCUUGACGCUUUUUACACUCCUGACCAUGCACGCCGAGUGGCGUCCCGUCACGUGCUCAUCAUACACGGAACAGCCGAUGACGUUAUCGAUUGCGGUCAUGGCCGAGCUCUUCACUCCUUGCUGCCCCGACCCGCCCUGCCCCCACUUUGGGUUCCUGGGGCCGGUCACAAUGAUAUAGAAAGCCGACCGGAGUACCUGAACAGACUCAAGAAGUUUUUUAGCGAGGAGCUCGGGUGAACAUGUGACAAUAACCACCCCUCUCCCACCAAUUUUGAUUCAUAAUCCCUUCCUUUUAUUAUACCCCGUCGAAUAUCCCGCACUGUUCAGUACGUAAUCUUAAACCUACAAGGACUAGGCUCAAUUGAUUCUAAUGGGUGAAAUUGAAAACAUGAUACCAUUGUACACCACCUGAUAAUAUGAAAUUUUAUAUAAAACUAUUAUUGGAUACAUAAAAUAUCGCACAAUAUGUGAGACUACACAUUUUUCUGGCCCUUGGUCUUUAUUAUGCAGAUUAUGACACAUGGCGAGAAUAUAUCAUAAAGCUUGGGAAGGGGUUAAGAUUUAUUAUCAUGUUUUUUUUUAAAUUAUCUUUCCGCAUCACAGAUGCAAUUUGACAUUAUUUAUCUAUUGAUUUUUCAAUCAUUCAAAAUGCGUGAUAAUAAAUCAAAUCAAUUUAUUGAUUUGUACAUAAAUUUAUCUUAUUUUUCUAAUUUUUUUAUUGUUCUUAUACUUUUACAUUUUCUUUGUGC